GUUUGAUUCAUCCAACCACGUUGAGAACCUCGACCACAACGACCGCCACCACUGAACCAACCACCAUCACCAUCACCACUACACCAGCACCAACUACACCGCCAACCACACAACCCACCACCACACAGAGUACCACAACAACAACAACAACAACGACACCAACAACCACCACCACCACUUUGGCGCCAACAACACCACCAACGACCACCAUGACGACACCACCUCUUCCACCCUUCAUCAUCCUCGCCACCAUGGCUCCAGUUCCUCCAGAAACAGCCACCACAACAACAACAACAACAACAACAACAACUUCUCCCACAACAACAACCGCCAUGAAAAAGCCAAAUAAACCCGGUCGAAAACCGAAUAAACCGCCCAAGAGAGUAAGGCCUCAUCCUGUGAACAACGCCCAUCCAACGCAGAGCUCCACCACGCUACUUCCUGUUGCUAUUAGCAACACAGAGGCUAUAGCAAGAACUACUGAAACUACAACUCCCACUACUACGACUACAACUCCCACUACUACGACUACAACUCCCACUACUACGACUACAACUCCCACGACUCCUACUCCAACAACAACAACAACUACUACUCCUACUCCAACAACAACAACAACUACAACUCCAAAAACAACAACAACCAUUCCACCUACUACAACUACUACAACUACUACACUUCCCACAACAACUACUUCCUGCAAUUCUUCUCCACCAAGUACCACAACAACAACCACCACCAUUUAUACAACAACAACAACAACAACAACUCCGCCCUCCACCACACGUUCGUCUCUGCCAGCGAAUCUCGUAGUCGUCGUCCCAAAAGACGCCGUCCAAUCAGAUCGCGCCCUCCAGGACUCGGGGUCUCACGGGGCGUUGAAAAACGGUGUUGUGGCGUUUAUGGUGCUGGGACUAGCCGUGCUAACGCUAGCUUUAGCGGUCGGCGGACGAAAGGCGAUGGAGUCGUUCGAUCGACGACAUUACACGAGACUGGAGCUCAACGACCUGCACUACGAGGUGUGAGGGGUGUUUUUCAUUCAUGACGGGAGCUCGGAACGGACCAAAAGGCUUUAAAUGUUGGUUCAUGGGAGGAUGUUUUGAUUUUACGUUAGCUAAGACACGUUUGUUUGUUGAGAUCUACGAACGUAAUCUGGCAUCUACAUACGUUAGCUAACCAGCAUUUGUUAGCCUGGAUGUACGAACGACGGAAACUUGGAAAGUACUAAAAGACUUUAAAUGAUUGUUCAUCUGAUGGUGUUUUGAUUUUACUUUAGCUAAGAAACGUUUGUUUGUUUGUUGAGAUCCAAGAACGUUAGCUAACAAACGUUCGUUAUCCGGCUUCUACAUACGUGAGCUCACCAACAUGUGUUAGCCUGGAUGUACGAACGGCGUACGACUCUGAAAGGACUAAAAUACUUUAAAUGAGCGUUCAUCUGAUGGUGUGUUUAUUUUACGUUGGCUAAGAAACGUUUGUUUGUUGAAAUCCACAAACCUUAGCUAAUGAACGUUUGAUAUCUGGCACCAACGUUCGGAUGUACGGACGACGUACGUACGAAAUGUGACGGGGACUCGGAAAAUACUUUAAAUGAUUGUUCAUCUGAUGGUGUUGAUUUUACAUUAGCUAAGAAACGUUGUUUGUUGAGAUCUACGAACGUUAGCUAACAAACGUUCUUUAUCUGGCUUCUACAUACGUAAGCUAACCAACAUUUGUUAGCUGGGAUUUACGAACGACGAACGUACGGAAUGUGACGGGGACUCGAAAAGGACUAAAAGACUUGAAAUGAUCGUUCAUCUGAUGGUUCAGCACAAACUAAGAGAACGUGUGUUUAACUGAAGAGGCGUUACACUGAGAAUAAAACUCACUUCACGACGUUGAUUAGGGCUAACGUAGGUUUAUAAAUAAUGAUCAUUCAAAUGGGUGAGGGACAAUCCUGAUUGGCUGAAGGCUGUGCAUUAUUUCAUAAUAGCCAAACAGAAUGUCCUCAGUUCAUUCACAUUGCCCUAAAAUAUGAUUACAAACGACAUUAGAUUUAGUGAGUGUGGUCUAAAAACAUGACCUUAUUGGAGUCACUAUUAUUUCCCGAUCAGUUAUUGAUAUGAAUAAAUCCUCCAUAAAUUACCCAUAAACAAAUUGCAUUGUUUGAAAAUGAUCAUUUGUGGACUUUCAUGGAUGGCACGAUUGUAUAAUUUUAUUUCGAUAAAUAUCUUAUCAUACAGUAAACGGGAAAACCCCAGAAGGAGAUCAUGUCUCUACGUUUAGCUCGUCCAAAAAAUGCAUUAUAAGACAAAUCAAACGCAUCUUUAACGCUCUCUUUUUUAAUAUAUUUUGUGCACAAUUUAACAACUUCUGCUGAGUUUCAUGUUUUAAGAAGAUUUGUUACAUCUUAUCACAAAGUCAUGUAUUAGAAUAAUUAUAAAAACAUGGUAAUUAAGUAAAAUAAUGAAAACCUUUUAAUCAGACUUUUAUUUCUAACUAUUAAUUAUUAAAAGUAUUUGUUUAUGUGGAGACGGCGAUGAACAAACAAACAGCAAUAUUUUUAUUCCCUGACUCUCAGGAAGCCUCUGUACAUUCUUCACGGGUUAUUAUUAUUAUUAUUAUUGUGUGUAUAGACACCUGCAUGUAUUUGUACUCACAUGCUUCAGACUCUCUGCACUGUGCUGCUUUUCUGUCCACAUGGCGCUGAAUCGGGUUCUUGAAGGUUUAAAAAAUAUCGGAAAUGGAGCCGGAGUUAAAUUCAGAGACUCAACAUUUUAGAGAUUAGUGGAAAAUUUUUGAGACUAAUUUACGAGAAAAAAACAUAUUAAUAGAAAGUUUUCCUUUAACUUACAUGGAAAAUUUAACAUAAAAAUAUCACCAACAUUUCUGAGAAAAAAAUUAAAAAUUUUCUAAAUAACGAACAAAAUUAGAUGGAAAUUAUUUUUAAACUGUUUUUAAAAAAAAACUUUUAUUUUUAAAAAACUGAAAUUGAAAGAAAAAGAAUCUCAGUUUUUUCACGUAAAUUUAAAACUUAAACCUAAUUUUUAUUUUGAAAAAUAUCUUGCUUUUAUUGUGUUUUUUUCUCGUAAAUGCACAAAUUAAAUGGUAGUAAUCCAACGUUGUUUCUCUGAAUAUUUCCCCCUCUGGCUCCAUAUUUUUUCCUGUUUUGAACCUUUAAUUGACCUCACAGUCGGUCAUAUAUAUAUAUAUAUAUAUCACGUGGCUGCAGACUGAAGGCGAGCGCUGCAGCUCUUCGAUGCACUAACUGUGUUUUUGAUAAAUAUGAUAUGCUUCUUUUUGAAUAUUAGAUUGUUUUUCAUAAGUAAGAGUACACUGGCCACGCACUAUUUUCCUACACUGAUGAAGACGAUGAUGAAGAUGAGUGCACACACACUGCUGAUGUUCCUCUGUUCUUAAUAACCUCACGAUGGUGACAGUUUGGUGUCUGUGACGUGAUGCUUCUGCAUACAGUCCAUGUAAGGAUUAAAAAAAAUGUGAUUUUU